AUGAUCCCCGUCCAGCGUCUGGUCCGUGAGAUCGCCCAGGACUUCAAGUCCGACCUCCGCUUCCAGUCCUCCGCCAUCGGUGCUCUCCCGGAGUCCGUUGAGGCCUACCUCGUCUCCCUGUUCGAGGACACCAACCUCUGCGCCAUCCACGCCAAGCGUGUCACCAUCCAGUCCAAGGACAUCCAGCUGGCCCGCCGUCUCCGUGGUGAGCGCUCGUGA